AGGUGCUGCCGGGGAACGGGAGUUGGAUGAGACUUAGAAGUUCUUUGAGAGUGAGCUCUUAAGGGUAUAUGUCCCCUUUACCUACAUAACAGGCAUUUAACAACUGGUGUAUUCAAUUACCAGUGGUCCUUGAAGGAAAUCACUAGGAGGAAGGAGACAUUGAGUUUGAAGGAAUGAAGGGACAGCGCUGAGAAGCAGAGAGAGAAGGUUGAUAUGUCAGACCUCUCUCCAGAGGAGCAAUGGAGGGUCGAGCACGCACGCAUGCAUGCCAAGCACCGCGGCCACGAAGCCAUGCACGCUGAAAUGGUCCUCAUCCUCAUCGCUACCUUGGUGGUGGCCCAGCUGCUCCUGGUACAGUGGAAACAGAGGCACCCCCGCUCCUACAAUAUGGUGACCCUCUUUCAGAUGUGGGUUGUUCCCCUCUAUUUCACAGUGAAGCUGCACUGGUGGAGGUUCCUAGUGAUCUGGAUCUUGUUCUCUGCCGUCACAGCCUUUGUCACCUUCCGAGCCACCCGAAAACCACUAGUACAGACAACCCCAAGGUUGGUUUAUAAGUGGUUCCUGCUGAUCUAUAAAAUCAGCUAUGCCACUGGCAUCAUUGGCUACAUGGCUGUCAUGUUUACCCUCUUUGGUCUUAACUUGUUAUUCAAGAUCAAACCAGAAGACGCCAUGGACUUUGGCAUUUCUCUCCUCUUCUAUGGCCUCUACUAUGGUGUUCUUGAGCGGGACUUUGCAGAAAUGUGUGCAGACUACAUGGCGUCUACCAUAGGGUUCUACAGUGAGUCGGGCAUGCCCACCAAACACCUCUCGGACAGUGUGUGUGCCGUGUGUGGGCAGCAGAUCUUUGUGGAUGUCAGUGAAGAGGGCAUCAUCGAGAACACGUAUAGGCUGUCUUGCAAUCAUGUAUUCCACGAGUUCUGCAUCCGCGGCUGGUGCAUUGUGGGAAAGAAGCAGACGUGUCCCUACUGCAAAGAGAAGGUAGACCUCAAGAGGAUGUUCAGCAACCCCUGGGAGAGGCCUCAUGUCAUGUACGGGCAACUGCUGGACUGGCUUCGAUACUUGGUAGCCUGGCAGCCUGUCAUCAUUGGCCUGGUGCAAGGCAUCAACUAUAUCCUGGGCCUGGAAUAGUCAGGAAGAAGAGCAUCCACCCACCAUGGACCUCAGGGCACUCUCCUCCCUGCCCUCCAAGACCUCCUGGGUGGGAAAGACUCAAAGGGGCACUCGGGCCACUCAGGACCCCUCCGGCUGUGUCCGGGCUGGGGAGGGAUAUGAUGGAGAGCCAGCAGGUGGGGUUGUCAGCAGUGGGGGGCUUUUUAAAAGAAAACUAUUUUGAUGAAUAUAUUUAAAAACCUUUUUUAUUGUGGAGCAUAGGAAUUGCCCCAAUUCCUCCAGGCCUCAGCCUCCCUGCUUGAGCAGGGCAGGAGCAGAGCCACAACAUUUUUGGUGUAAAGGAGCCACCUCUUCUCUGGCUGAGAGCGCCAGCCCACCUCCUUCCAUAUGUGGGGCUUGAGCUUGGUACACUCAGUGUGGAAGAGCCAGGGAGCUCCGGCCAGUGCCACUGAUGAGCACUGAGGGGUGAGGUGCCCUCUGUCCUCCCUGGCUAAGGCCACAGGUGGGCGUUGUCUGACUCCGUCUUCCCUGUUGGGGGCCGUAGGCUGGUGGAGACAAGUGGAACCUUGUCAUAACUUUUGCAGCAAGGGAAGCUCUAGGACCUCGGAAUUCACCGGGGAUUUGUGUGGGGGUGACCAGAGCUGUAGCAGCUUGGGGAACCUGCCACUAAACGGGGCUGUACUCAGCCAAGAACAGAGACCAUCUAUACAUAGUUGGGCCACAGGAGUUACUGCUGGCAGCGGUGAUUGAGGGCCGCUUGUGCAAGCUGAUCCUCUGCCCAGAAGUGGUGACACGUGCUGAAGGCCACUGCCACAUCACUUCCUUCCCUGAAAGCCGGAGUGAGAGCGCGCGCGUGUGUGUGUGCGUGCGUGCAUGUGUGUGUGCGGUAGAAGAACUAUGACAGAUGUGAGACUUCUUCCUGUGGUCAGACAUUGUUCCCUUGAAGCUGCCAGGGGAUUCCCAGCCCAAGGAAUAUCCUCAUGUCAGCCUUGUCAUCCAUGAGUCCUGCCUGGGCCUGGCAACACUAGUGGUGAGGUGGGUGGGAAGAGGGUCAGGCCCAGGUAAGUAUGGGUUCUGAAAAGGGGUUCCAGGUAGGCCCCAGCUCUGGUCCUAGGAGUUUUGAAGGAAGUGGGAGGGCAAACGUGGGCCUUCCAUGCUGGGUUCCUAGGGAAUAUGGCCCUUCAAGUGCAGUAAGAACCAAGCAGGAUCUUGUCAUCCAUUCUGAAUAAAGCUCCGUGAGCUGGGUUGGAAAGCUGAA